AGAGGAAGAAAAAAAGUUAUGACACACGACACACGAUCCGAUCAAUAGUCCUCCAUCGUCGUCAUCAUGUCUGCCCGGCGGCUGCUCAGUAGUCGCAUAGUCUCGGUGAGACCGCGUCUUCCCAUCGCGAGGACGGCCUCCUCCAUUGUGCCUCGAUUCUCACCCGCCAGAUACAUCUCAAGCUCGCGCAAUGUGCGGCAAGACAUUCAGGCCUUCCACUCGCAGCUCUCGGACCCAACGGCGUCCGCUUUCCUGUCCUCGCUGUCGAAGAGCUCGCCGCCUCCCGUUCCCCAGACAUUGACGGAGAAGAUUGUCCAGCGCUAUGCCGUCGGUCUUCCCGAAGGCAAAUUCGUAAAGUCGGGAGACUAUGUCACGCUGCAGCCUCACAAGGUCAUGACGCAUGACAACUCGUAUCCCGUGGCGAUGAAAUUCAAGUCGAUUGGGGCAACGAAGAUCAAGAAUCCGGAUCAGCUCGUCAUGACCAUUGACCACGACGUGCAGAACAAGUCUGAAAAGAAUCUGAAGAAAUACGCCGACAUCCAAGCGUUUGCAAAAGAGCACGGUGUUGAUUCGUACCCCCCGGGAAGAGGCAUUGGUCAUCAGAUCAUGGUGGAAGAAGGAUACGCCUGGCCGGGCACUCUAGCCGUGGCAUCUGAUUCCCACAGCAACCACUACGGUGGUGUGGGCUGCUUAGGCACACCCAUUGUCCGAACGGAUGCCGCGAGCAUUUGGGCAACGGGAAAGACAUGGUGGCAGAUACCCCCAGUGGCCAAGGUGACUUUCACUGGAACUUUGCCCGAAGGAACUACCGGCAAAGACGUGAUUGUUGCCCUUUGUGGCCUCUUCAAAAACGACGAAGUCCUUAACCACGCAAUCGAAUUUACUGGCAGCGAGGAAACAAUGCGAUCCCUUCCAAUUGAUGCCAGGCUGACGAUAGCGAACCAAUCCACCGAGUGGGGUGGUCUAUCUGGACUGUUUCCAAUAGACUCGGUGCUGAGGGCAUGGCUUCGUGCAAAGGCCACGGAGUACGCUCUGUACGAUCCAGUAACGGCCAAGCGGUUCAACCACCAGCGGUUGGACGAGCUCUUCGCGAAUCCGCUGACGGCCGACAAAGGCGCCAAAUACGCCAAGUACCUCACCCUCAACCUGUCGACUCUUUGCCCAUACGUCUCGGGUCCAAACAGCGUCAAAGUAGCCACCCCGCUUUACGAGCUCGAAAAACAAAAUAUCAAGGUGGAUCGUGCCUAUCUUGUUUCUUGCACUAACAGUAGACGCUCUGAUUUCGCAGCCGCUGCAAAGGUUUUUAGAGAUGCUGCGGCUAAAAACAACGGCGUCGUCCCCAAGGUCCCGGAGCAUGUCAAGCUUUACAUCUCUGCAGCGUCCACGCUCGAGCAGGCGGCUGCGGAGGAGCAGGGAGACUGGCAGGUUCUGCUAGAUGCAGGUGCAACUCCACUUGUCUCGGGGUGUGGUCCAUGCAUUGGACUUGGAACGGGACUCCUUGAGCCAGGCGAGGUUGGAAUCAGCGCAAGUAAUCGUAACUUCAAAGGACGAAUGGGCUCUCGUGAGGCUCAGGCAUAUCUGGCUUCUCCAGAGGUUGUCGCUGCAUCUGCACUUGCCGGAAAAAUUGCCGGGCCUGGGUGGUACUCAAGACCUGCAGAUUGGGCCGGCGUUGAGGCAAGCGAGGGCGAGCCGUUCGAGGAGAAGAGUGUGGAUGAGGCCCUCGAGGCGAUCAUUGGCAAACUUGAUUCUAUUAUCGAUUCAAGCACCUCAUCAACGUCGACUGAAACCGAGGCCGGAGAGGAUAAAGCUGAAACACUCACGGAAUUGUACCCAGGCUUCCCCGAAAAGAUUGAAGGUGAACUAGUGUUUUGCGAUGCCGACAACCUGAACACCGAUGGCAUAUACCCAGGCAAAUACACAUAUCAGGACGAUGUCUCUAAAGAGAAGAUGGCGGAGGUAUGCAUGGAGAACUACGAUCCGGCUUUCCGUGACGUCGCCAAACCAGGUGAUAUCCUUGUAGGCGGGUUCAAUUUCGGAACCGGCUCGUCGCGAGAACAAGCCGCAACAGCCAUUCUAGCAAAGGGCAUCCCUCUAGUCGUCGCCGGAAGCUUUGGAAACAUUUUCAGCCGCAACUCGAUCAACAACGCGCUUAUGGGUGUGGAGGUGCCCAAACUCAUCCACAGACUCCGUGAAGUUUUCGGUUCCGCUUCGUCCGAUGACGGCAAGGCGGCUGGUGCCAAAGUGCUCACGAGACGAACGGGCUGGACGAUGGUGUGGGAUGUCAGAAGGUCGACAGUCACAAUCAAAGAAAGCGACGGUACGAGCUGGAGCCAGAAAGUCGGCGAGUUGCCGCCAAAUGUCCAGGAGGUCAUUGCCAAAGGUGGCCUGGAGAAUUGGGUUAAGGCGCAGAUUGAGUCAUCGUGAAAAGCGCGACAACGGGG